UUUUUUACUUUUUCCCAUUACGAAUAAGCGAAUUCAUUUGACACAAAAGAUAGGUUUUGAUGUCAAGGACAGUCUACUCCACUGUCGAACGGAAGGCAACGUGUUGUAUGCUAACCGGAUGUUAGAAAUUUCAUUAGUAAUUUCAUGUAGCAUUAGCAUUAAGCUAUAUGUGAACUACAUCUCCAGUGUCUGACCAGAUGAAGGUGAUCCAGCACUCUGAACAGACACUGCAAACAGCUUUGGUCUCUGAUCAUCAGGGCUUGGCUAAAGUUUACAGAGAGUACACAAAAGAAGAAAGGCGUCUUCUAGAGGAAGGAUUCCACCCCGGGGAGCCAGGUUCCCUUUUCCAACCCAUCACAGUGCACUCUGACUCAGACUGGAUCCCUGCUCACCCUGAGGAGCCUCAAGACUUUGAGAGCUUCUACAGAGACCCUUACCGGAAGACUCCCAAUGCGAGUCACAACACUAUUUAUAUUCAAACCAUAGGUUCCUUUGGAGAGGCAGGGGUCCAAACAGACCAGUAUGUGGAGUGGCUCAGACAAUAUAGCCAGGCCUUCUUCUAUGGACUUUCUGUGAAGUUGCUCCCAGCAGUUACUGUGGCUGAAACGGGAUGCUCUUUCAGAGUUAACAGUAACACACACAACCUUCAGAUUCUCACUGGUGACCUGCUACGAUUUCUGGGCAACAAGAAACCAAAAGAUGCUUUUUGUAUUGUUGGAAUCACAAUGAUUGACCUGUACCCCAAGGACUCCUGGAACUUUGUCUUUGGACAGGCUUCUCUCAGCAUGGGAAUGGGUGUUUUCAGCUUCGCCAGGUAUGAUGACAGCUUCUACAGCAGAAAUUAUGCAGGGAGGCUGAGGAAACGGCUUCAGCUGAAGCAGGGGGACUACUCUGUGUUUGACAGAUAUUACACUCCCCCCAUCUCCAGCACUCUGCUGCUUCGAUCAUGCAAGACAAUGACGCAUGAGAUUGGCCAUAUGUUUGGAAUAAGGCAUUGCCAGUGGCUGAACUGUAUCAUGCAGGGUUCCAACCAUCUAGAGGAGUCUGACCGUAGGCCUCUGGAUUUUUGUCCCAUCUGCCUUCGCAAGCUUCAGGUUUCAGUCGGCUUCAAAAUAGGUGAAAGAUACAAGGCCUUAUUGCACUGGAUGGAGGAGGAUCAGAGACAAACACCCAGAGCAGGGGAGGCGGUUGCUCAUCAGUCUGAACUCUACCUUCCCAAACCCACCGGAGCCUUUCAUGCAUCCAAACUUUGGCUCUGCAGGUGCCUUGACAUACUGGAAAAAAGGUGAAUUAUAGUAUUUUCCUGUAUAUGUGGAUAAGAUCUGGAGAUAACAGAGAAGACGGGGACAUCCAAAUGCAUGUAGCGCUCAGCUUUUCAUGUGUACCAUGACACAUUGUCCUGUGUUGAAGAUUCAUGCUGCUGUUUGAUAAAAAACAGAAUCUUGUUGUUUAUGACUGUUACACCCGACCACAGGCCACACUCCUUAUAUUUUGCCUCAGGUAUUGGCUACCCAUAGUAAUGUACACUAUAUGGAAGCAGAGACUCCACAUAUUGACAUUAUCAAGUAUAUAUUGAGAUGUACUGGUUAAACAAUGUUAUGUGCGCCAGUGGUUCCAAAAUGAAUGAAUAAAAUUAUAUUUAUUAUUGCAAAUUAA